UGCUUAAUUGCAUGCAUGUUCAAAAAACUUCUUUCCGUACUCGAACGCAGAGGAGUAGCCUAACAUAAACACGAAGGAUACCAUGCAGGUUUUGACCGUUCUCCAAUUUCACGGUAAACUGGGGGGCGCUGUCCGGAAUGGGGAGCACUGAUUGCUUAAAAGAGCCGGAAGAGCAGCGCGCUGUCGCUUCAGCGAGAGCGUGCGCUUUGCAGGGCAUGUUUGAAUCCGUGUGGACUCGGGGGUACAGAGGUAGAGUGGUACAGUCGUCCAGCAUGGGAGAAGUGUUGUGAGGGGGCUUUGGUCUCCCAGGGCAGCUUCUCAAUCCGGAUUGGGCAGCUCGGAAGCAGAGAAGUGACAUCAUUGGCCUAUUUUUGGUCCCCUUUCCCCCGCCCCCCCUCCCCCCCACUUCCUCACUGAGGGGGAAAAAACUGCAUCCUUUGUUUUAUUCCUGCUAUUUAUAUCCUGCUGAAGAGUGGUACAGUACCAGACAAAAACAAAAAUACUUCGUUCAUAAUGCCCGCUGGUGCAUAAUACAAGUCCAGGGUACGCUUUGGGGACCCGUCCACCCCCUGUCGUGUUUGGAGGCCCUACCCCCAUCUUUCAGUGGGUGUUGAUUCCUUCCAGGCACAGCUACCCCUCCCACUCCUGUAACCUGAGUCGCUUGAGCUGACCCCCUUGCCCCCCCCCCCCCGCCCCCCUCGAUCUGAUGUCAAAAUGUCCAGACAGGGCACUGUCACUGCAGCCGUGGCAACCGUUCUGGGCGCCAUGGCGGGGGGCCUGUUGCUAUGGAGAGCCGUGAGGAGCCGGCGGAGGAAGCUCCCCCAGGCCCACGACGAGCCCCGCCCUGUGGGAGGAGUCCAGCCUGUGGGAGGAGUCUGCCCUGUGGGAGGAGUCCAGCCUGUGGGAGGAGUCUGGCCUGUGGGAGGAGUCCAGCCUGUGGGAGGAGUCUGGCCAGUGGGAGGAGUCCAGCCCAGCGCACCAGUGGAGGCGGAAGCGGAGAUCGAGGCCGUCCAGCCGCCGACCUCCCAGUCGCCCCCGACGACGCCCCCACGAGCCGCGCCCCCGCCCCCGCCCCUGCCCCUGCCGGUGCCCUCCGUGGAGCGGCUGCUGGCGGCGCAGCGGGCGGUGGUGAGCUCCGAGGAGGAGUGGGAGCAGCUGUGGCCGUCCCUGCGGGGGGAGCUGUCCGUCUACCCCGUCCUGGGCCUGGACUGCGAAUGGGUAAAGCCCCCGUGUGUCUCGGUGAAGGGGAAGGCCGGCUCGGUGUCCCUGCUCCAGGUGGCCUCGUACACGGGCCUGUGCGCGCUGGUGCGCCUGGCGCUGUUCCGGGGCGGGGGGCGGCCCCUGCCCGAAACGCUGACGGGCGUGCUGCGCGACCCGCGCGUGCUGAAGGUGGGCGUGGGCUGCUAUGAGGACGGGAAGCGCCUGGCCCGCGACUACGGCCUGGCGCUGGGGUGCACCGUGGACCUGCGCUACCUGGCCCUCCGGCAGAGGCGGGCGGUGCUGAAUAACGGGCUCAGUCUGAAGUCCUUGGCGGCGGAUCUGCUGGACAUCCCGCUGGACAAGUCCCUGGAGCUGCGCUGCAGCAACUGGGAGGCCGGUCAGCUGACUUCAGAGCAGGUGACCUACGCUGCCCGGGACGCCCAAGUGUCCGUGGCCAUCUUCUUCCACCUUUUGGGCCUUAGCUCCGCCUCUAGCCCUAGCCCCACCCCUGGCCCCGCCCCUGACUCCAUGGCGGCGUUUUCCCAGCUGUCCUCUCAGUGCCAGGGCCUGGUGGACGUGCCGUUCCGCGGGCGGGGCCUGGGGGAAGGCGGGGAGGGGGGGCGGUGCCUGGACGGGGAGAGGAGGCGCCGUAGCAGGAAGACGGCGUCCGAGAGCUCGGGCUCUGGGGACCAGCAGGUGCCGGACCCCCGGAAGAACAGACGCAAGCCCCUCGGCGCGGGGUACUCCGCCAGGAAGUCUCCGCUCUAUGACAACUGCUUCCUCUAUGCCCCGGACGGCCAGCCCCUCUGCACGUGUGAUAAGAAGAAGGCCAAGUGGUACCUGGAUAAGGGCAUUGGAGAGCUCCUUAGUGAGGACCCUUUCAUUGUGAGGCUGAAGUUCGAACCGUCUGGACGGCCCGACUCCCAGCACGACUACUACCUCACCGCCAAAGAGAACCUGUGCGUGGUGUGCGGCAAGACGGACUCUUACAUUAGGAAGAACAUCGUUCCGCACGAGUACCGCCGGCACUUCCCGGCCGAGAUGAAGGACCACAACUCGCACGACAUCCUGCUGCUGUGCACGGCGUGCCACGCGGCGUCCAACGGGCACGACGGGCAGCUGAAGCAGCGGCUGGCGGACGAGCACGCCGCGCCGCUGGGCUGCGAGGAGGGCGUGCGCCCGCUGGAGGACGCGGACCGCCGCCGCGUGCGCUCGGCCGCCCGCGCCCUGGUCACCGCCGGCGACGGCCUGCCCGCCGCCCGCCGCCGGGAGCUGCGCGCCGUGGUGCGGACCUUCUUCGGCGAGGGCGAGGAGGAGGAGGCGGAGGCGGAGGAGGAGGAGGAGGAGGAGGAGCGCGAGGUCACCGCUGAGAUGCUGGAGAAGGCCGCCGGGCUUGAGACCAGGAUCUUCAACGAGAGCUACGUGCCGCACGGGCUGAAGGUGGUGCAGGUGUACGGCCAGCGGGGGCUGCGCGGCCUGAUGGAGCUGGAGCGGCGCUGGCGGCAGCACUUCCUGUCCACCAUGCGCCCGCGCCACCUGCACCCGCUCUGGUCGGUCAACCACAACCACGCCAAGUUCCUGCGUAAGUACGGAGAGGACCUGCCCGUCCAGAUAAACUGAACCCCCGCCCCCCCCCCGUACCCCUCCCAGAGAGCGGGGGGGGAGAGGGGAGAGGGGAGAGGGGGGUGGGCGGGCAGACAGCUGGAGGGGUGGACAUUUUUUUGCGUGCCCCCCCCCCCCCACCGUAGCUGGGCAGCCUAGGCGGUCUUCACCCUUACCUGCUGGCCCCGCCCAAUGCGGUCACCAUAGAGACACUAAUAGGCCUGUCUGUCUGUGAAACCUGAGCCAACCUGAGUUUGGGAGAGGGUGGAGUCAGGAAAGGCGAGAUUGUUUUCCCUCUCUUUUUGAAGACGAGCACCCAUGGUGAUUUCAGAACACGACUUCGAAAAGACGAUGCAGUAAACGGUGACGGGUGGAAUGCUGCUGCAAGUGCACACUUUUUAAAGAAAAGAAAAAAAUUAUAUAUUAAAAAAAAAAAAAAAAAAAAA